AUGGCACAUAUCCACGACAUUGCCGGCGAGGUGGAGGUGGAGAAGCGUAGCUAUGUCAACGGUGUGAAGGUUGGCGAGCAAGUCAAGUUCCCGGAAACGGUUGCCUUCAGCGGCUUCAACAAACCCUCGCGUUUCGAAGGCGACAUCUUCGAGCUCGAGGUCGACGGCGAGAUCCCCAAGGAUAUCGAUGGCACCUUCUACCGCAUCCAGCCGGACCACCAGUUCCCGCCCAUGUUCGAGGACGACGUCCACUUCAACGGCGAUGGCGCCGUGACGGCGAUUCGGAUCCAGAACGGACAUGCGCAUUUCAAACACCGCUACGUCCGCACAGAUCGCUUCAAUCACGAGAGAGUGGCGCAGAAGAGCCUCUUCGGACGGUACCGAAACAAGUUCACCGACAACGAGAGUGUCAAAGGCGUCAUCCGAACCGCGUCCAACACCAACAUUGUCUUCUGGAGAGGCGUGCUGCUGGCCACCAAGGAGGACGGCCCGCCUUUUGCCAUGGACCCGGUCACGCUGGAAACCAUUGGCCGGUACGACUUUGACGGACAGGUCCUCUCCCCGACCUUCACCGCCCACCCCAAAUUCGACCCGGACACGGGUGAAAUGGUCUGCUUCGGCUACGAAGCCGGAGGAGAUGGGAACGAUGCAUCCUGCGACAUUGUCGUCUACACCAUCGACAAAGACGGCAAGAAGACUGAAGAGUGCUGGUACAAGGCGCCCUUCUGCGGCAUGAUACACGACUGCGGCAUCAGCGAGAACUACGUCGUCCUCCCCAUGACGCCCCUGAAAUGCUCGCUCGACCGGCUGAAGAAAGGCGGCAACCACUGGGCCUGGGACCCCGACGAGGACCAACUCUACGGCAUCGUCCCACGCCGCGGCGGCAAGCCCGACGACAUAAUCUGGCUCCGCGCCGACAACGGCUUCCACGGCCACGUCGCCGGCUGCUACGAAAACGACUCCGGCCACAUAAUCUUCGACCUCACCGUCGCCGACGGCAACGUCUUCUUCUUCUUCCCCCCGGACACCCCCUCCGCCGCCCCCAACGACGGCCUCACCAAGCGCAACAAGCUCUCCAGCCCCACCCUCCGCUGGACCUUCGACCCGCGCGCCCACCGCACCGGCGACCGCGUCCGCCCCACCGCCGCCUUCCCCCACACCAACGGCGAGUUCUCCCGCAUCGACGACCGCCGCGUCGCCAAGCCCUACACCCACUUCUGGCAGUGCCACGUCGACCCCGCCCGCCCCUACGACGCCGCCGCCUGCGGGCCCCCCGCCGGCGGCCUGUUCAACACCCUCGCCCACCUCGCGUGGGACCACCUGUCCGCCCGCGACUCGUACUGGGCCGGCCCGCGCGCCACGUUUCAGGAACCGACGUUCGUGCCGAGGAGGGGCGUGGCGGCCGCGGAAGCGGAAGCGGAGGAGGCCGAGGGGGAGGGGUACGUCGUUGCGUUGGUGAAUCGCUUGGAUGAGUUGCGGAAUGAUGUCGUGAUCAUGGAUGCGCGGGAUCUGGCGAGGGGCCCGUUGGCCACGGUGCGGUUGCCGCUGAAGUUGAAGUUGGGGUUGCAUGGGAAUUGGGUGGAUGCGAGGGAGAUUGAGGAGUGGACGGAGAGGAGGAGGGAGGGGGGCGUGGUGGGGCCGGCGAGGGGGGCGGAGAGGCCGUUGCCGUGGCAGGUCAGGUUGAUGGAGGCGGAGGGUGGGGUGGAUGGACGUGGUGAGGCGGCGUCUGGGUGA